AUGAAUGAAGUAAAAGCUGCUGCGACGUCCAUGUCAGAUGCCGCUUAUGCCUUUGAUGAAGACGUGCUCAAGGACGUACGUAAUAAUAAAGUAUGGAUACAGGAUCCCAAAUACUUUAAAAAGGUGAUUGUAUCGCCUGCAGCCACUAUGAAGAUGCUGAAUCAUGCUAAUUCGGGUGUUGAGAAAGGUAUAAAAAUGGGUGGAAAACCUGUUGAGAUUAUGGGCUUGAUCAUGGGCCGACCUUCUACUGGUACAGAAAGAGAUGCUGGAGAUGUACAUACUCUUGUGGUUACGGACUGCUUUCCAUUGCCAAUUGAGGGAGCGGAGACGCGAGUAUUGGCGGAUGACGCAGAGGUGAUCAACUAUAUGAUUUCACUGGGCGAAGCUGUAGAGCAGACACGGAAAGAAAAGUUUAUGGGCUGGUAUCAUAGUCAUCCAUUUGAUGUAGAAGUACAUAGCCACUGCUUUCUUUCGGCGACCGAUGUCAGUACACAGCUACAGUGGCAGCGCUCGGAGGACCCGCACGGUAACCCGUGGCUUGCCAUCGUGCUGGAUCCACUGCGCUCAUUAGCAAAGAAACACCCAGAGAUGGGCGCUUUUCGUGUCUAUCCGCCAGAGUUUGCGGCACCUGUAAACGAAACGCCGGAUGGAACAAUUGUCACGGAUGAGAGCGCAAGACUUGAACGUUGGGGCAACUGCUGGAAUCGCUAUUAUACGCUAGAGAUCGACUACUUUAUGAGUGCCCUGGGUUCCCAGGUCGUAAGUGUGUUAUCUGAGGAGUUUUUAUGGAUGCGUACACUGAGCGCCAAUACGAUGCAGGAACGUGAGAAUCGUGAUCGUUUUUCAGAGCGUAUUCAGCUGCUGGCAAACAAGUUAGAUGGUUGCGAGGCUCACUUGUUGCCGCGCACGGGUCGCAACGCUUCGCGAAUUGGUGAAUACUAUGUACCAGAGAAGCAGCAGUCGCACAAAGAGAUUGAGGAAUCCGCCUUUGACAAAAUUACUCAAGCUGCUAACGAACUUGCGAUCGAGAACUCACUUGGUCAGGAGCUACAGGUUAUUAAAAAGGCGCUUUUUAACGAUAAAUGA